ACUGAGCGCCUCCAUUGUCUGGUUAGUAGCAGCAGCAGCAGCGGCGGCGGCGGCGGAGCGGACAGCAGCGGAGCGCCGAUCUGAGCUCAGGGGAGCGGCUUCACUGUGACCCCGAUCUCCGAGAAAAACAAGCGACCUCCGACUGGAGACCACCGGACCAGACAGACAGCACGGACGGCGACGUCAUUUUUUUCAAAGGCAGAUCGUCGUUUUUGGCGGUCAGACAGACAGCAACAGUUGUCACGAUGUCUGAGAUCAGAUGAGGCGAGAGCAGUGGACUGAACAUUGCGGCGCUGCUGUGAUCCGGGCCGGGCGGGAUAAACGUGUUGCUGCCGCGUCCCGCCUGCAAUGAUACAGCCGUCUUAAUCACCAGGGGACAACAAGGGAAGUGUGGUGUACAUCUGUUUGGCAUUCCCGGCUUUCGGCGUCAUUCAGCUCGUCAGCCAUACCCCGGUUGUGUCGAGGUUUUGUCUGCGGGUGAGCUGAAUCCAGACGUCAGGGCGGGCUCAUGUUCCGCUCAGCAGCGAAACGGGCUGUUGCGUCUGCAGAGAGUCAGAGCUGACGAGCCUGCUGAGACACACGGACAGACAGGCAGGCCGAGAGACAGACAGGAGUGAGGGGAGGGGGCGACAGCCUGUUUCGGCUCUCUCGACCCUUUGCGGAUCGAGCCGAGCCCCCUCCUGUUUCCACCCAGAACCCCCACCCACUUGUCUCCCGCUUUGGAUGGGGGGAAAGCAGAGCACGGCGGGGCGGCCCCGGGGUGCUUUUCCCGGUGUCUCUACGGAUGACAGCGCGGUCCCACCCUCGGCCCACUUCGGCCACUACCGGCCGAGCGGCACCAUGGGUCUGCGGAGCCGCUCGGUAAGCUCUGUGGCUGGGAUGGGCAUCGAGCACAGCCCCGCCGUGCCCUUCGGCUUCUACACCCCCAGAGGGACGGACUCGGAUCGAGCCGGAGGGGGUUCAGGGGGCACUACCGCCGCUCCCCACGGUACCGGCUACCAGGACACUGGGGGCGGAGGGCACCACACGGACGGGGUGCUCUAUCUGGGGUCCCGGGGGUCGCUGGCAGACACCUUGCCCCUGCACAUCGCACCCCGCUGGUUCAGCGCGCAUAGCGGAUUCAAGUGUCCUGUCUGCUCAAAGUCUGUGGCGUCCAAUGAAAUGGAAGUUCACUUCAUCAUGUGUCUAAGCAAGCCUCGCCUCUCCUACAAUGAUGAUGUGUUGGCAAGGGAUGCCGGUGAGUGUGUGAUCUGUCUAGAGGAACUGCAGCAAGGGGACACCAUAGCCAGACUGCCGUGCCUCUGCAUCUACCACAAAAGCUGUAUAGACUCAUGGUUUGAGAUCAAUCGGUCCUGCCCCGAACACCCCUCUGACUGACUGACCACCAGGCCCAUGAUGAAUACUGUUCAAGGACAUCUCGUGGUCCUGCCAUGGAUAUCUGGACACCAACGCAACCAAAUCUGUUGAAACAAUCAAAGCAAUCAACACAUACUCAUCCUGUCAGAAUCCAUCAUCCUAACCAAGAUAAUUAUUCCUUGUGAACUGAACCCAAAAAACGUGACUGACAAACCAUCGUACAUUAAAGGGACCCUCCCAAGCCUUCCAUUGUACGUUUGCUGAUGAGACUGCUUAUCCCCCCCCCCCCCCCCCACACACACACACACACACACCCCUCCUUCCCUCCCCUCUCCAGGCUAAAAGAGGCUUCAUCAGCCUCAACUCCCCCUCCAAGUCAAGCAGCCAGUUGCCUCCCUGACAUGCUCAGGUCAGUGCAGGCCUCCAGCAGCUAGCCCUCCAUCUUGUAUCUGGAUCCAGGCUUGUCAGUCAUUAGGUCCAGCCCUUCCAUGGCCUUAACUGGGGAGAGGAGAGGAAGCAGAGCAGGGAGGGGGCAGGAGGGAAGAAGAAAGAAGGAAACCACACAGUCGGGAGGGAAGAUGACGGGUAUGAGAAGGAGGAGGAAACCAACAAAAGGAGGAUUGUUAAACUGCAGAAGCUUGCUUUGGGAUCAGACAUUUACAUUAUUCGGUGGGCCUCUCAUCUCUCACAAAAGGACUCCAACUUGGUGAUGUCCUCUCAUAACAGACUGGGUCCCAGUGUGCUUCUUUCUCAUAGUUCUGUGCCCUUCCUUGCCAAUUUGACUCAUAGUAAUCAAAUCAAAAGUCCCCAAAAUGCUUCUUAGAUUUGGUUUGUGCACACCUGAGCAGGCAAGAACAAAUUGGGAUGUCAUCUUGUUUUGUAUGUACAUGAUGGGGAGGGGUGUCUAAAGAUGGACUUGUGGUGGAGAGGAGCGGUCUGAGCAUUCUCCCUUCUGACUGGGAGGGAAGGGGGGGCAGCAGUGUAGUUUAUGCUCCUACUGUGUAAUAUGUGUGUGUGGGAUGCUCCAGUGUCAGGCUCCACCUGGUAUGUGUAUGUACACUUUGUGUGUGUGUGUGUGUGUGUGUGUGAGCGUGAGCCUGCAACUGUGUCAACAUAGCUUUUGCUGAAGCCUAAUAUGUGUGUGUGUGUGUGUGUGUGUGUGUGUGUGUGUGUGUGUGUGUGUGUGUGAGAGAGAGAUAGAGACAGACAGCGUGGAAGGUCAGUGUAGAGGGCUGACUGGGACAGUGCUGUGUGCGUGUGUGCGUAUGUGUGUGUGUGUGUGUGUGUGUGUGUGUGUGUGAGAAUGUCUGUGUGUCUGUGUAUUGAAAUGUUUACAGUCUAGAUGUCCAUGUUCCCUGUGUGUGACUGGCAGUGCUCCCUUUACUUUGCUGAUGUUUACAGCUACAGAGAAAUGACAUGACAUAUUGUAAAUGUCACACCUAACCUCUCUUGGUUCUUUCUUUUUAGAUCUGCCAGAGUUUUCAUGUGACCACGAUAAGUCAUUUUCUCGUGAGAGUCUCGAGUGCGAGAGCGUGUGUGUCUCCAUGCAUCUGACUGUUUGUGCAUGUGUUUUUGAGUGUGUGAUUCAAAAGGCGCCUGUUGGUCUAUGUUACUGUCGGUUCCCCACGUUGUGUUUCUGCUAGAGUAGGUCUGGCUGACUGCUACUGGAGAUGCAAGCCACUCAGACCUGAAAAGGAGUAGUCCCACUGUGGAUCCACUGGACGGGGCUUAUUUAUUCAUUUCUUCAUAUUUAACAAUAUUUGUUUAAUAUUCCUAUCAUGUGAGGUGUUACCCACUCUUCAGAAUGCCAAGAGCCGAUGUAUGAAGACUUCUAUAAACCAACAUACAAACAAACUGCAUUUACAAAGCUACUGUAAACAAAUGGUGGAAUAAAUUGUGCUAGAUGACA